CCUCCGCCCGGCUCUGCUCGCGCACGAAAUGAUCGUCAGCAUGAUGGCGGCGCCGGCUCUGCCUACGAGGACGGCGAAACCAGAGUGGACAUCUGGCGUCCAUCUCCUUCCUUCCUUCUCGCAGCAUCUGGCUGCGACGUCUCAGACUCCGACCCUUCAAUUCCCGAAGUACAAUGUCGCAAGAACGAACCCUGUGCUAAAGAGUUCAAGAACGGAUAGAGCAACCUUGGCUGUUAGGUCCCAAGCUUCACCUGGUUACGUUCCUGAAGCAGAUUUCUAUAAAAUCGAAGCAAUUUUGAGGCCGUGGAGAGUUUCUCAUGUGUCAUCCGGUCUUCUCAAGAUGGGCAUUCGUGGCGUAACUAUAUCUGACGUUAGGGGCUUUGGCGCCCAGGGUGGAUCCACCGAAAGACAUGCUGGUUCUGAAUUUUCUGAAGAUAAUUUCAUUGCUAAAGUGAAAGUGGAAAUAGUGGUGUCUAAGGACCAGGUUGAGGCCGUUAUUGACAAGAUAAUUGAUGAGGCAAGGACGGGAGAGAUUGGUGAUGGCAAGAUUUUCUUGAUACCUGUUUCUGACGUGAUAAGAGUUCGAACAGGAGAGCGAGGGUUGAAGGCCGAGAGAAUGACAGGUGGAAGAGCUGAUACAAUUGCUUCUGUUGUAACCAUUUGAGUGCAUAACUUUCUAUGUUUGGAUUGACAUGUGACAUUUGCGUAACAAGUAACUGUAUUCUAUCGUUUGUAUCAGUGGAAAAUAGUGGCUUUUGUCGUUCUUCCUUUCAACCAUCUGGCUGGUUGAAAAAUAAGGUAAUUUCUGUUUGAAAGCGCUUGGGGUAUUAAAGAUGUGAUAAUGCCUUUAUAGGCUAACCAAGCAUUGGGAACUCGUUUGGUUGAAGGUUUUUGGCAUUCCUCUACAACACUAUAAAAGCUUUAAUAUAUCGUCACAUCUUCAAAUUGAA